AAAAGUUUUUAAAGUUUGCGAAAAUUUUGGUCCAUGCAACCAACGUGGUCUGAUGCAUUGUUCGACACUAAAUAUUCCCAGUAGAUAUUUCUGAGUAAGCUCCAAUCGCUAGAAAAACGAGUGAGGCUGAGCCAUGUGUGUUGUUCCUUCAGAUAGUAAUGUAGAUGCUGACAAAACUGUGUAUUGAGCAUUAAUCCCAGUUCCGUGGACAAUACUGUUUCACUGAAUCACAUAAUAUCCUAAACAAGUUGGCUGUUAAUAUCCCCAUUUCGCCUUAAACUCAACUUCAGCAGAAACCCAGGAUGGAGGGUAAAGUUCAGUCUGCUUUCUGUUUGUUGGUGUUGACAUGCUUGAUUCUUGCUGAUUCCUCUAGUGGGCUACUGAGAAUUGGUUUGAAGAAGCGGCGCCUUGAUCUUCAAGGUAUAAACGCUGCUAGAAUCGCAAGAAAGGAAGGAAUUAUGCCUGAUCAUUUGCAUAGUUCGGAUGAAGUUCUUGUGCCUUUGAAGAACUAUUUGGAUGCUCAAUACUUUGGAGAGAUCGGUGUUGGCUCGCCUCCACAAAAUUUCACUGUCAUAUUUGACACUGGCAGCUCCAAUCUUUGGGUUCCAUCUUCAAAAUGCUAUUUUUCUAUCGCCUGCUAUUUCCAUUCACGGUACAAAUCAAGCAAGUCUAGUACAUAUACAAAGAAUGGGAAAACUUGUGAAAUAAAUUAUGGAUCUGGAUCCAUUUCUGGUUUCUUCAGUCAAGACAAUGUUGAAGUUGGGGAUCUUAUUGUCAAGGAUCAAGUUUUUAUUGAGGCUACACAAGAAGGAAGUCUCAGUUUUUUGUUGGCAAAAUUCGAUGGAAUUCUUGGACUUGGAUUUCAGGAGAUUUCAGUUGGCGAUGCUGUGCCAGUAUGGUACAAUAUGGUACAGCAGGGUCUUGUAAGUGAGGAGGUCUUCUCGUUCUGGCUCAACAGGGAUCCGGAGACCUCAGAGGGUGGUGAGCUUGUUUUUGGUGGUGUGGAUUCAAAUCACUUUAAAGGGAAGCACACUUAUGUUCCUGUUACCCAGAAGGGCUAUUGGCAGUUCAAUAUGGGAGAUUUUCUUAUUGGCGGCCGUUCAACAGGUGUUUGUGAGGCUGGUUGUGCUGCUAUUGUGGAUUCCGGAACAUCCUUACUUGCUGGUCCAACUUCUGUUGUGACUGAAAUCAAUCAUGCCAUUGGAGCCGAAGGUAUUAUCAGUGCCGAAUGUAAGGAAGUUGUUUCUCAAUAUGGAGACAUGAUAUGGGAACUCUUGGUGUCAGGGGUUCAACCUGACAAAGUAUGUGAGCAACUUGGUUUAUGUAUCUUCAAUGGGACUCUUUCUGUGAGUAAGGGCAUCAAACAAGUUGUUGAGAAGGAGAAUACAGAUGGAGUAUCAACUGGAGAUAGCGCUCUCUGCAGUGCUUGCGAAAUGAUGGUUUUUUGGGUCCAGAAUCAGUUAAAACACCAGGAAACAAAGGACAAAGUGCUCAAUUAUGUGAAUGCGCUCUGUGAGAGCCUUCCAAGUCCAAUGGGGGAAUCAAUAAUUGACUGUAACAGCUUGGCAAACAUGCCAAUUAUUACAUUCACCAUUGGCGAUGAACCUUUCAAACUCACUCCUGAACAGUAUAUUCUGAAAACUGGAGACGGCGUUGCUGCAGUCUGCAUCAGUGGUUUCAUGGCUUUGGAUGUGCCUCCUCCAAAAGGUCCCCUGUGGAUUCUGGGAGAUGUGUUCAUGAGGGUAUAUCACACAGUCUUUGACUACAGUAAUCUGGAAAUUGGUUUUGCUGAGGCUGCUUAGCUGUCUACUCUCAGGUUUCUUCGACACAGCUGCCUACUGGCUCUACACUUACAUAUAUCUGACUGUGAAUGGUCAAUACUGUUGAUAUUAUAAAGUUCAUAUGUAUCUGUUAUAAGCCUAAUUCACUACUAAACUCAGUGAUAUAUAUAUAUCCGUAGUAGUAAUCUAAAACUCGAUAUCAGUGUUAUUUUCCCUGCA